AUGCGCUACGUCAGUUUUGUAUUCGGGUUCAUGCUUAUGUUGCAGAAUGUCGAAUUUACAACUGGACAAGAUAUCAGUUUGCCAUAUCGAUUCCGAACGAAUUUUGACGCGUUGAGGAACAACGUGAAACAUCCGGUUGAUGAUUCACGAAACUUCAAACGACGAAUGAACUCGAAUUACGACGCUGAAGAUCUCUACAUGCCACUCGGCUUCGGCGCAAACAGCGUCUUCUUACCACCACGCUUUAGCCUCUAUGGGAAAUGA